AUGGAAAGUGCUAGCAGCGGACAAUCAAAUGAGAAGAACGACUCGAAGAAGGCGGCGCGUGAACGCAGGGAGACAAUUCCAGAGAGACGGCUGCGCGUUAUGGGAACAACAUCGCUAAGGUUCUCCCAGUCUUCAAAACAUGGUAGACGGCCAUCACGAGCAACACGUAACGGUGCUUCGUCUACAGCUGACCAGAGCCCGAAUCAAUACCCAGUUACAGAAGCUGAACCUAAUAAAAGGAGGCGUCAAGUCCUUCAAGCCCAGCGUGCACAUCGACAAAGGACUUUGGAUUACAUCGAUGAACUUGAAGCUGAGAUCUUUCGAUUAAGGACUUCGGCCACAGCAACAUCCAGCGAUGUAAAUCACAACAACCAAUCGCCGCAAACCGCUCUAAACACAAUAAACAAUAUCAACGUUAAUGUUCUUGUCCAGAGCUUCAACGGUCAGAUUGCCCCAGGCAUAUUCACCAGCAUCUACCCCGGAGCUACAGAUCCUUGCAUCAUGGACGGCGUUUUAGGAAGCGAUGUUUUCUCUUUUGCGUCGACUUCAAUACCACCAAGCCUCGAACUUUUUGACCCUUUAACUAGACUACUUUUCUUCAACUUCUCGGAGAAUAUUGCCCCAUCACUUGUUGCCGUGGAUGGAGCCUCGAAUGGCUUUAGAACCCUUUUACUCCCACUCGCCUGCGUCGAUGAUCUUGUUCGUUCUGCAACAUUAGCAGCUUCGGCAAAUCAGCUGCGGUUUCAGCGGCCCAAGCUGGCUCCUUUGGCAUCGAAGUUUCAGUCCGCAGCAAUUGAGAAACUUUCAGUCUUUUCUAGAAUCGAGAAUGCGAGCGGCUCUACAAGAAGCGCAAUUUUGGCGGCCAUAAUUCUUCUUAUAAUCACAGAUAUGAUGAAUGGGGGUCAUCAAUUUCAUCUUCUUCUAAACAUGGCCAAAUCCUGGGUAGAGGCGAUGAAGCAUGAUGAUUUACCCACGGGAAGUUCCCGGUCAGGGUUGGAACAAUUUCUGCUCAACCAACUUGACGUAGUACAGCUAUACGCCGAACCAUUACUAAAGGAACAAUAUACAAUAUUGGCGCAGUACGAGCCUGAUGACCGCACCUUUAAGGACAGGGUUAUCUGCAUCUUCAAAUCGAUAGAGGAAGCUAUUAAACAGGCAUGCAAUAUUUAUUCCUACCAUGUCCUGCAUGAUAGCCCUCCACCGGACAUUGAAGACAUUCUAGAGAACCUGAAAACAGCUGCGGAAGAAAUACCCGCUUAUGCUCCUGGUGAGAAUGCGCUGGCCUGGGUGUAUUUCAUCGCAGCUGCAGAGAGCAAUAUCCCUGCGAAGCGUACAUUCUUUUCCAAGAGGCUCAUGGGCAUUUUCGAGCGAGGGAAUUUUAAUAGCACAACUACUGCAUUUGUUAUGCUUCACCACAUUUGGAAUUGCCAAGAAGCGGGCGACAGCUGGACUAAAACACUGAAAGAUUCACCUUCUGUACUUGUUUUAAAAUGAGACGAUCUACUAUACUCAGG